AUGGGUAACGAGUGUGAAGAGGGCGUUUCGGACUUCCGAGGUCACAGUGAACUUGAAACUGACAACGACGGUAUUCAGUCAUCAUCUUCAGUUGACAACGGCGGUAUUCAGGCGCCUUUUUCAGCUGACAACGACGGUAUUCGGGCAUCAUCUUCAGCUGACAACGACGGUAUUCUUGAGUCUUCUUCAGUUGACAACGACGGUAUUUGGGCGUCGUCUUCAGCUGACAACGACGCUAUUCAGUCAUCUUCAGCUGACAACGACGGUAUUCGGGCAUCAUCUUCAGCUGACAACGACGGUAUUCUUGAGUCUUCUUCAGUUGACAACGGCGGUAUUUGGGCGUCGUCUUCAGCUGACAACGGCGGUAUUCGGUCAUCUUCAGCUGACAACGACGGUAUUCGGGCGUCGUCUUCAGUUGACAACGGCGAUAUUCAGUCAUCAUCUUCAGUUGACAACGACGGUAUUGUUGAGUCAUCUUCAGAUGACAACGACGGUAUUCAGUCAUCAUCUUCAGCUGACAGCGGCGGUAUUCGGGCGUCGUCUUCAGCUGACAAAGGCGGUAUUCGAGCAUCUUCAGCUGACAGCGACGGUAUUCUUGAGUCUUCUUCAGCUGACAACGACGAUAUUCGGGCGUCGUCUUCAGUUGACAACGGCGAAAUUCAGUCAUCAUCUUCAGCUGACAAUGGCGGUAUUCGGGCGUCGUCUUCAUCUGACAACGGCGGUAUUCGGGCAUCUUCAGCUGACAGCGACGGUAUUCUUGAGUCUUCUUCAGCUGACAGCGGCGGUAUUCAGGCGUCUUUCAGCUGA